CGAUUAUCGAGACAGACUUACACAGAAUCAGAGCAAUCAUACAUUAGGAAUAUAUAUAUAUAUAUUGUUUGUUUUUUUAUUAAACAAAUACAGUCCCAGACUGUAUAUGAUCUAUAACUCUGACCUCCAAUGAAAAUUACCAAGAAUGAAACGACGAAAGCAGUGGGAGGGUUUUAAAGACGCAGCAGCGGAACACCGCCUAGCGAAAGUAAACGUUUUGGACGAGACUUGUCUUGCCUGAUUUGCUUUUUGAAGGUACGUUAAAAACUGACUUUAUUUGCAGCAGACCAGCUUUACUUUUUAUUGCCAUCAGCAUAUUGCCAUCUGCUAUUCUAGUUUUCUUGGUUUAGUCUCAGCGCGAAAACCACCAGCACUGGCUUUUUGUGGCAGACGUAAUAACAUUAAGUUUAACCGUGACAAACAACUGUUCACUUUUAGAUAUAGAGAAGACCUUAUUUAAAUACGUUAGCGUGCGCAAAUUUAAUAAUUAUGUGUUUUGUAUGUUCUCUGGGUUGCAGCCAACAGGUUCAGCAGCUUCCAUUUUCUUCCUGCUUUAGAAAUCCUCGACACAUUUGACAAUAUGGCCAUGCAGGUUCUUCUGUACGCAACCUUUACAGUUUCUGUCGCAAAGUUUAUAGGAAAAUCCGUUUCUGCCCAUAUUUCGACUUUUGUGUCUUAAGGUAUUUUGUGAAUACAGAAAGUGAUCUAUGUUACGACCUAUGUUACGUUUAGAGGACAUGAGUUUGGCAGCUCUGUCCUUGCCUGUUUCCUUGAGCUCCAAAUUACAUACGCAGCCUGUCUGACAUUGAACUGGUAAGUUUCUUAUAACCAUUUGCCAACGACUUAAGGUCUGUGAUCACUCAAAGUUUGGACGUGCUAAAAAGAUGGUCUUGGGAGACGAGUAUCGGUGUGGUACUUUCCCAGGAUUGUGUGAGUUCAAGAAGAAAGAAUGAAUGUGCCUGCAUUUCUUCUACAAGAUGGGUGUGAUAAGUAUUUAUGUUUACUGGAGGCUGCACUUUGUUGUCUAACCUCAGAGUGACCUUUAUGAAGUCCUAUUUAGUGUGAGUGGUGAUGAAGGGCAGUGAGGUCAAAAGGCCCAAGCAACCUGUUUCAGAGGGUGAGAGCUAUUCCAUCUGACAGUCACAACAGAUUACAGUAGCUGAGCUGUUAGUGUAGAUAGUAGGUUGUAGGUGUGUUAGACAUUUAUUAGUUGUGCAGACUGUAUUUCAGUUUGGUUACCAGCUGGUUAAUGACCACGUUCUUACAGCUCAGGUCAUGAGUGGAUGAAAAUAUUGAAAUAUACCAAAAUAUUAAAAUAUACCAAAGCUGGCUGCUCACUUUCAAAGGUGCUAAAUAUCACUGUUUUGUUGAUGUAUGCUUAUACUAUAAACAUUAUUUUAUUGGAUGCUCAUAACAUAUAUUCAGUAGUUAUUUGAAAUAUUCUGAAUCUCCUGAAGAUGUAAAAGAAAAUAAUGUAGCAGUUUAAAAAAACAUGGGCUGAAUGUCAAAAUAAGGAUAGUUUAAACAGUACAUAAAGGUGUAUAGAUAGUAGAUAUAAGUGUGUUACGAUACAGUAGGAUAAAGAAAGGCAUACAUGUAGCCAGUAACUAUAUUUAUUGUUAACAGAGAGAAGCUUAUAGGCCUUCACCAUUUUAUGAAAAGUUCUUAAAGCAAAUUAAUUUUCAGAGGAAUGAAGGAAUUUGUUCAUGUGAUAAACGCGACUAGGUUAUUACAAAAAGACUUCCUUUACUUCUUGAAGGAAGUUGUUUUUUUUUAUCAGUUUCAUUUUUGAGAACAUAGGGUGAGUAGCAUUGUGCAAUAAUCAGAUGGAUUUCAGUUUUUUAAUAUAAUGGUCAUAAUAUUAUCUCACAGUAAAUCAAUAACAUAAACUAGUGUACCAGAUUUUCCAAGAGUCCCCCAGCAGGAAGAUUCUCCUAGCAAGACUGAUGCUGAAGAAGCAGACAUCCUAGUGCAAGGCUAUGGUUCCAUUAUAUCUUACUAAAAAGCUGCUUAUAGGAUAUUAUUGUAGUAUUAACAUAGGCCAGGAGCUGCCACUCUUGCUACUGAAAUGUGAAGCUUUAAGCUCACAAUAAGAACAGGAAUGAAUGCAUAAGAUUUCACUAGUUAAUACUGCAGUAAUUUUCUGUGAGCAGUAUUUCCAUAGGCCAUGAACAGCCACUCUUGAAAUCUGGAGCAUUAUUAAAGAUUUUUUGCAUUCACAUUUCGUGUUAAUUUUCUUUUGCUUUUCUUUCCAGUGCUUAUUUUGAUCUUAAACCUCAGGAAUAAAACAGUAAAAGCCUUUCAAAAAGUUUGAAAUAAAGACAUCUGACAAGUUCAAGAAGGUUUUGAUUGCAAAUACACAAUUGAGUGAAAAUGCUUAUGUUUACAUCACUACCUCAAUGCAUGGACUAUAUCUGUCUCUCUGUCCGUUAGUGUGAAGAUGGCAUAUGUUAGUGACAGGCUGUAUAGAGACGUCAUAGUGAAAAUGAUGGCUCGCUUGGCCUCAAUCGUCAAAGUGAGAGAAAUCAUGCCUCACUUGACAUGCCUCACAUUUACAGAUAAGGAAGAGAUAGAGGCUAAAAGAGAAACAGCAGGAAACUACAAUGCCAUGGUGCUGCUGUUGGAUUACCUCCGUAGGCGAGAGAAUUGGCCUGAGGAGUUCAUCCAUGCACUGCACGCUUGUGAAUACUGGGCUCUGGCUGAUGAAAUCAGUAAUGCUUAUGAGCAAAUAAGGGGAAUCAACAGCCGGGCUUCUGCCGCUUCAGGAACUGAUCCACCUGCAUACACUCUCACCCAGAUGCCUUCAACUGUCCCUGCCCCCUGCACCACAGCUACUGCUCCAGUUCCAGUGGCAACCUCAACAACAGUAACCACAGCAACAACCCAUAAUGUACCACAAUCCUCUCCUUUGCCACCUCCAAAGGGACCCCCUACACCCAUAGCCCAGGCCACACCCUAUGGCUCAGUGCUAGCCCCUGAGACUCCAGAAACCCUUCCUACAGGACUAGCCCACACCGCUGACCCUCAAAUGCCAAUCUCAGAUCCUCAGGAAAGGACCUCUUCUCCUGUAUUAGCUUCUGAGGAGGUUCACUCUCUGGAGCCAAGCGAGGCCUCAGUGAGUCCUGGAGCAACACCUGCUUUAGGGAACCUUUCUGGACCACCCUCAGAUGCUGCUCCUUGCCUUUCUACUAAGCUAUUAACCACUCCCUUAGGUCUAUCCAACAUUCCUUCCACCACUUUGCAGCCCUUAGGUCUAUCCAACAUUCCUUCCACCACUUUGCAGCCUUCUGCUGGACCUGAGAUGAGUCAAGAGCCAGUGGUAGCCACAGGCAGCCCCAGUUCAUUAAAACACCCCAUCCAAGACAGCAACCCUCCUGGGAAAGUCCCGAAAUCAAAGACCCAGAACAGUUCAAAUGUUAAUCAGCUUCUGGAUAGGGCAUUAUCCCUCGGAACAGCACGAGUCUCAACUUCAGCAUCUAUUGUUAGCCAGUUGGACCACACUGCUGAAGAAGAUGAGAACUUAAGCAAGCCUGGUGUUCUAGCAGAGGAGCCCCCCUCAGUCAGCUCAGAUGAUUUGGAGAUCAGUCAUGCCACCACAGGGACAGACAUCUCACCAGAGCAACCAGCACCUGUGUCCAGUUUCCCACAGUCUGUGGAACAUUUACAGGAGCUCUGUUCAACAACUUCUGCAGAUCUUAUGAUCAGCAGCACAACAGAGACCAUAGACUCUUCACCAGUGCAUAGAGAGGACCUUCCUGUUGAAACUAGUUUCCAUGAAGUAGUCUGUGCCAUGCAAACAGAGACAGUCCCUGUCUUUAAUCCUGUAGCUUCUGUACAUUUAAUUUCAAACUCUAAUCAUGAGGCAUACACCCACCUGGAAAAUGGCAAUCCAGUAGUUCCUUCCUCUAAUCAGCCAGUGGAGGAUCAUUAUGAGUCACAGCCUGCAACAGUGGUAAAUACUCUCCAUUUCUCUGAGAAUCCCUCCAUCCUAAAUCUUGAUGGUUGUUCUUCAAGGAUGCAAGAUAAUCUAAUUGACACAAAUGACAAGAUAGUACAUCCAAACCACAAUACCCACAUUGGGAGUGUCAUUCCACCUGUCAUCUGUGAACAUAAGUCUGCUCUAAACAACCAGGGCAGUUCAGGACCAAAUGCUGCAACAGUAAUUAAUACCCCUAUGUCAGAGCAGAGAGAAGAUGGUUUGCUGGCUCAACUUCAGUCUGACCCACGAAUUAUUGCAGCUGCAGCUGCAGCUGUCAUUGGUGUGACUGCUGUAUUUUUGGCCUGGAAGCUCAAGUACAAAUACUAGAGCAAGAACUAUAACCAUUAACCAGCACUGAUGCCUUGAAAGAUCACCAAAGUAUCUUAACAUAAAAACCCAUACACAUAACAGUCUUGAUUGUUUUAUUACCCAUGAUCAAUUUUGUGAUAGGUCAUUCAUUUUCUGAAAAUCUGUGCCUGUGAAAAUCUGGUGAUGAUGCUUAUUAACAAAUAACCCGGCCCACCUAGCAUUUAGAAUUCCAGAUUCAGGCUCAGUAAGAGCUGGCUGGCCACAUCAGCAUCACAGUCUGUUAAAAUAAUGGUAGUAAUCUUGGCCACAACUUCUUAAAGUUUAUUUAAGAAUCAGUAAUGCUUACUACCUACUGCUUCACAAAACGUUCACUUGCUGUGCCUCCUGCACUAGACAGAACUUUCCUGACUAUCUGAAAUGCUGCUGGGCUUAGAGUAUGAAGAUGUAUAGUAGAUUCAUGGGGUUAAUAUAUCAUGCAGCCCUUUCGCACAUAACUGAAUUUCACUGAGGACAUUUGGACUUUUCUCAACACUGUGAUUCUGCAUUGAGGAAUCUAACUACUGCAACCUUCUGUGUGAUGUUCUGGAAUUCUUUAAAUAUUAUAGUUACUCUGACUUAAUGGUUUUAAUGGUAUUCCACAUCACAUAUGAUGCCAAGUAUAAUUUGGCAACCUUUCUCCAAAACAGCAUGGUUUUAAUUAACAUGUAAUGGGUCAUUUGGUUUAUAUUUGUGUUUUCACCAAAAACAUAAACUUGGAUCUAAGGAUACAUAUUGCAAUAUAUGCCUUGCACCAACUUAAAGACAUUGGUGAACUUUGUUCUGAUAUAAUUACAUUUGUUAUGGUUAAAUUAUGUUAUCUGUCAUACCUGUGAUUAGCUAUGAUAUUCUGUGCACUAAAAAGUAUUGUCAUUUGUUAGAGAGCUAAUUUGCAAUAUAACCGUACAUCAUUUUUGCAAAGGCAUACACUGGAAUAAAGAUUAACCAACAAUAUGUUUUAUACUCCAAUUUACACCACAAGCCUCAAUGAUAAAAACCUUUAAUAAUUAGUGAGGAUGUCAUGAAGUGAUUCUUUUAGAAACCGUUAACUAGCACUGUUGAAUGCACACAGUGGUUGUGUAUAUAUUUCUUUUUACCCCAGAUCAUUGUCACAAUCUGAUUAUUUCUUAUGUAAAUAUAUUCACAUGAGCACUUUAAAGUGGGAAUCUUAACUUUUUCUUUAGAUAAAGUCAUGGCUGAGCUUAUGUUUUAUUCUUGUCAAAAAGCUGUGUGAUAUGUAUGGCCUACUCUUUCUGAAGCACUUGUAAGCAAAGGAAAAGGUUUGAAUUAAAUAAAAUUGUAUUUUGUAAA